CCAAACUGAAGCUGUAACAGGCAAAACGGUAGCAGGUAGGACUGACCGGAGAGAGACGCAAAUGAUGAAAUUAAGUUGGCUUUCGUUAAAUAUAACCUCGUAACAGUUUCUCCCCGUAUAAAGUUGUCGUAGUAGUUCGACUAAAGUUGAAGUAAACGCUUCUACGGUGCCGUAUUUUUCGUUCUCACUUACUUGAGUGUGUCUGCAUGUAGACCAGACAGCAUGGCGGAGAGUUUCAAAGAUAUCGAUGAGGAAAACAUUAAGGCCGUUCGUCAGUUGUUACUCCGUUGUGUGAUUCUUUCUGGUGUAACUGAGAAAUCAUUUACUGAAGAGCAUGAAAAAGCUGUGGAUCAGUUUAUUGCAGACACCUCGUUGACAACCAUGGUGGUCUACAAGGGUUCUGCUGGACUUACGGUGGAGUACUCCAUGCCAAGGGGGGUUGAACAGCUGUUCUACUUUGUCCGUGCGCCAGGAGCUGAAAUCACACAAGAGACUUUUGGUAGAGUGCUACAGUUUGGCACAAUGAGAGUCGACCCCAUUGAGAGCCUGUAUAAGCGGUUGGCCUGCAUGCACGCCCACACACUUGCUGUGAGCAAGUUCAGUGGCAAGGACAACUACAUGUACGAAGAGCACAGCUUCCUCAUGUUCCUUACAGAUGAAUUGUCUAAGAAGUCUGGCAAGACAGUUCUAUACAUCCCAAUGGAGGCUCAACAGCACAGGCCUGAGGAGGCGAUUAAGGACAGAAAGCUGGUGGAGAGAAUGGAGAUGGUCAUGAUCCACUGGAAUGCUCAGAUCAGGGAGCAACUGAAUGCCCAAAACACACUGACAAUUCGAGACGACUACGGUCCGCUGCAGGAGAUAGAAUUCUGGAGGAGUCGCUCUGCAAAGCUGUUGGAUUUCUGCCAGGAGCUGCAGAAACCGGGGGUCAAAACCAUAGAGACCAUCCUGCAGCUUGCCAGGUCUCCAUAUGUACAGCGCUUUUGUGCACUGGCCAAGGAAAUGCAGAAUUGCUCUCUGCAGAUCCAAAAAGACGUGAAAUUACUGUGCAUUCUGAAGGAGCCCUGUGAGGAACUUGCUACCCUCAAACCAAGCCACAUUCCCUCCAAGCUGAAUCACAUUUUCAGUCUCAUUCGCGUCAUCUGGUGCAACUCCAGCCAAUAUAACACCAGUGAGCAGAUCAUUUGUCUCUUCCGCCAGAUUAACAAUGAGAUCAUUCGCCUGUGCUCCCAAAGCAUCUCCUUAGACAAGAUUUUUCAGGGCUAUGUGUUGUCCAGCAAGCAGCAUCUCUCCGACUGUAUGCUGUGCUGCCAGUCCACGAAGGAAAUCUACCUGCACGUCUCAGAAGUUCACCAGACAUGUGCUCCAAAAGGCUGGGACCUCGACCAGACGAGGGUAUUUGUGGUGCUUGAUGCUUUCAUUAAGAGGCUCGACGAGCUGCUCGAGGUGUGUGACUGCCAGUGUCAGUUUGCCCGUUGGGAGGAUGGUCAGCAGAGUGAUCUGCCAUGUUUCUGUGGUGGGAAGGGACCAGAGUUCACUCACUCCCUCCUUAAGAUAGAAAACAGCCUCCAUCAGGGCCUGCAGACCCUGUACGCUGUUGACAAGGGCAUUCUUGAUGUCAAAAAUACCACAUGGUCCAGGGAAUUCAACAGGUUUUGUGAUUUGGUACGAGGUCUGGAAAGGAAUAUGGUGGACCUGAUCAAUUCAGUAUUUAAGAUAGUGAAGACAGUUGAGGAUGGAAUUUAUUAUCUGCGCAUUUUCAGGCCUGUGUCUACACGCGAGGCCAUUAGGCGCACCACAGAACAGAAAGCUGAGGAAGUGUACAACAUUGUUGACAGGGAGCUCAAAAUGGUAAGCAAGGAGCUGAACCAGGGGAUGCGGUCUUGGCCUGACCAUAUGCCCUGGAUGGCAGGCAAGGCUUACUGGAUGAGGGCUCUCAAACAACGCUUAGAUGCACCAAUGGAGGUGCUUGAACACGCCUACCUCAUGCCUGACUCACACGUCCGCGAGCAGAUAUUUUCCGACUACGGCAAGUUGAUCCAGGUUUUGGAGGAAAUGGAGAGGACGCACUUCAGUGAGUGGAGACUGAAGUUACAAGGACAGUGCUUCAAGAAACUGGAGCAGCCACUCAUGGUGCGCUCCAAGGACAAGAUCCCCAUGCUGGACAUCAACUUUGACAACAACUUGUUGAUCUGGUUUUCUGAGAUCCAGUACUGGCAAAAACUGAAGAAUGAGAUCCCCCAGUGUUCUACUGACGUUUACCAGGACAGGGACACCCUGCUGAUCCUGAGGGGGGAAGUAGAGAUGGUGGUCCGGGGCUACAACAGGAUCAUAAGAAUGCUGUCUCCUGACGAGCUGGGCCUGUUUCGGGAGAGGAUUCACUUCAUUGAUAAGAAGAUCCAGCCGGGUCUGACCAGCCUCCAGUGGUCGUCUAAAGAUGCCUCAAGCGUCAUUGCCCGUGAAUGUCUCCUGUACAUUGACAAGGUUCAGGUGAUAGUUAAUGGUUACAAAACAUCCAGACAAGCCAUCUGCAACCUCUGUCACCAGAUGAGUGAAGCAAUGUUGGUUAGACUGGACGGAAAGACUGUGUACAGGCACGUGGAGUUUGAGAAUGUCCAGAAUGCUCACCAGCAGCGCCAACUCCAAAUACUGCACUCAGCACACGAGGAGAUUGCUCAUAUCAUGACCCGGACCCAAAGCAGCUUUUCUGAUGCUGGACCUGCCGUCCAGAAGCUCUGGGUGACCUUCACAGAGGAGGUGGACCACAUGGUAGAGAAAGCUCUCAGAAUUAACGUCAAGCUCUCUAUGAUGAAGUUAUCCAGAGCCAUCAUUGGCGAAAGCAAGACAUCGCCAAGUCCCUUGUUCAAAGUCUUUGUGGAACUGCGACAAACUUCUCUCCAAUCCACGCCAAAGGUGGAGUUCUCCCCAUCUCUCGGAAAACUUGCUCAGAUUGUGAAUAUUUUGCCUCAACUCAUCCGUAUCGUCUCUGAGUUUAAACGUCUCCCUGAACUUCUCUGUGGCAAAGAGUCUCAGGGGAAUCCCAUCCACGUCAGCAUCGAGCAAGACGAGGAGAUAAAAAAGAUUCAAGCUGCUGUCGCUGCAGAGAUGACAACCAAUGCCAGCAAUCUGCAGACCUGUUUGAAGACUUGGGACAAAUACAGGAACAUCUGGGAGACCAACAAGGACUCCUUUAUACAACACUACCACAGUCUUAGCCCACCAGCUUCCUCUUUUGAUUCUGAUAUACAUAGUUAUGCAGAAAAAGCGAAAAGAAUCCAACGGAAAGAGACAGUGUUUAACAUCGGAUGUGUCAAGCUGGAUUGUUCACUGCUUAAAGUCUCCCUGGUGCAGCACUGCAAUGAAUGGCAAACCAAGCUCACUCAGCUUCUCAGUCACAUGGCCGGAAGCAGACAAAAAGAACUUCAAGUCUACAUGCAAGACAAUGCCAAGAGGAUCCAGCAAUCUCCCCAGACACUGAAGGAGCUCGGUGAGAGCCUAAAGCUGCUGGAGACUCUCCAGGACAAUUUGUACAAGACAGAGGCUCAGAUUCCUGUCAUCCAUGAACACUUUGCAAUCCUGGACAAAUAUGAAGUCCCAGUGCAGGCAAAGUGUGAUGCGCUGAAUGAGGAGUGGGUCCGGUUCCAGCAGAUGUUGACUGACAGUGACAUCAUGCUACAGAAGCAGAAGGAGAAGUUUAAGAACAACCUCAUCUCCUCCUCUGAAAAGUUAAAGAAGAAGAUUGAUGCUGCUGUGCAGGAGUUUAACAGCAAAGGUCCAUUACAAAGUACACAGAGCACAGAGUCGGCCUUGAAACAGAUUGCAGAAAUUCGCAACCAACUGGAGAUGCUUAAAAAGGAAGAGGCCAACAUCUUGGAUGGGCUAGGCUUCUUCAAAAUAGAACAGCCUUCCUCCAAAACCAUCCGGACCCUGGAGAAGGACAUAGACCAACUGCAGCAGGUCUGGGACAUCACAGUGGAAUGGAACAACAACUGGAACAUCUGGAAGCUUGGCCAGUUUGCUGCGCUGCAGACAGAGAACAUGGAGAACACAGCUCAGGACCUGUUCAAAAAACUCCACAAACUCCAGAGAGAUCUCAAGGAUAAGGAGGUGAACAUUUUAGAUGUCACCAAGAAGAGGAUUGACCACUUCAAGCAGAUCAUCCCUCUCAUUGCUGAUCUGAGGAACCCAGCCAUGAGAGACAGGCACUGGAACAAGAUCUCUGGGGAACUGUGGUUUUCUUUAGACCCAGCUAGUGCUGAAUUCACCCUGGAGAAGAUCAUAUCACUGGGUCUUGAUGGAUAUGCUGACAAAAUCUGUGAGAUCUCUGGAGCCGCCAGCAAAGAGCUCCGCAUUGAACAGGAUCUGGAAGCCGUUACCAAGAUAUGGGAGGAAGUAGUCCUGGACAUUGCACCUUACAAAGAUGAGGGCUUCUACCUGCUGAGGAGCACGGAUGAGCUUUUCCUGAUCAUGGACGACAGUCAGGUUAGUCUGUCCACAAUGAAGGCGUCUAGAUUUGUUAAGGCCUUUGAGCAGGAGGUGGACCUCUGGGAACGCCAGCUGUCCCGUGUGCUGGAAGUCACUGAAAUAAUUCUUGAUUUGCAACGUCAUUGGAUUUACUUGAAGAACAUUUUCCAAGGAAAGGACAUCAGGGAGCAGCUACCUCAUGAGUGCAAAGAAUUUGAAGAUGUUAGUUCUGUUUGGAAAACCAUAAUGGACCAUCUCCACAAGGAUCCCAAUGCCUUAAGAGGAACACACCAGCCCGGCUUGCCAGAGAAGCUCUCAAAGAUAAGCGCCAAGCUGGAGGAAAUCCUGAAGGCCUUGAACGUGUACUUGGAGACCAAGAGGCAGACCUUCCCAAGAUUCUAUUUCCUGUCCAAUGAUGAUUUAGUGGAGAUCCUGGGACAGUCACAGAACCCAGAAGCGAUUCAGUCCCACAUGAAGAAAUGUUUUGACAACAUCAAAAGCCUGCGCAUUGAAAUGGGGAAGCAUAACAGAGCUUGUGGGAUGUACUCUGCUGAUGGAGAGUAUGUUGAGUUCGUCUCUCACGUGCAGCUGGGCAGACCUGUGGAGGUUUGGCUGUGUGAUGUGGAGAAGUCCAUGCGUAACACACUAAAGGACAGUCUGAGCAAGUGCAUCGUACAUCUAAGGAGGUUAACAGGACCACGAGACAAAUGGGUCAAAGAAUGGCCGGGACAGAUGCUUAUCACAGCCAGUCAGAUCAAGUGGACCUCUGAUGUCACUCGAGCGCUCAUGAGAUGUCAGGAGAAUGGUGACAAGUCCUCGCUUGAGUCAGUAAAGAGAAAGCAGGUUGACAUGCUUCAGUGCUAUUCAGAAAUGAUUCGCAACGAACUGCCUGAAGUCCUGCGUCUGAAGAUGGAAGCGCUGGUCACAGUGGAGGUUCAUGCUCGGGAUGUUAUUGAUAAGCUGGCCAAGGCAGGCUGCAUGGAUGUCAAGGGCUUUGAGUGGCUUUCCCAGCUGCGUCUGUACUGGAAUAAGUCUCAGCCAAAUGACUCACUUGGGGGUGAGUGCAUGAUCAGACAGACCAACACGCGGUUCAAGUACGGCUACGAGUAUCUGGGCAACUCGGGACGGCUCGUCAUCACUCCACUCACUGACAGGUGUUACAUGACUCUGACUACAGCACUCCAUCUCCACCGAGUGGGUUCUCCUAAAGGCCCAGCUGGUACUGGAAAGACAGAGACGGUAAAAGACUUAGGCAAAGCUCUCGGCAUGUACGUCAUUGUGGUCAACUGCUCUGAAGGAUUGGACUACAAAUCCAUGGGACGCAUGUUUUCCGGCUUGACACAGACAGGAGCGUGGGGAUGCUUCGAUGACUUCAACAGUGUCAACACUGAGGUGUUGUCGGUGGUGGCCCAGCAGAUCCUUUCCAUUCUGUCUGCCCUGUCAGCUGCAAAGUCCAAGUUCCAUUUCGAAGGACAGCACAUACAACUGGUCUCCACAUGUGGCAUCUUUAUCACCAUGAAGCCAGGAUAUGCUGGUCGCACUGAACUUCCUGACAAUCUGAAGUCCAUGUUGAGACCUAUUUCCAUGGUGGUGCCAGACUCUACUCUAAUUGCUGAGAUCCUACUUUUUGCUGAGGGCUUCAACAACUGCAAGGUCCUCGCUAAGAAGGUGUUCACGCUGUACUCCCUGGCAGUGCAGCAGCUGUCUAAACAGGACCACUAUGAUUUUGGUCUUCGUGCACUCACCUCCUUGCUUCACUUUGCUGGAAAGAAGCGCCGCUCUUGCCCUCAAGUUCCUGAUGAAGAAAUCCUGCUGAUGGCUAUGAAGGACAUGAACAUAGCCAAACUGACCUCGGCCGACGUGCCACUGUUUAAUGACAUCAUCCAGGACUUAUUUCCUGCUGUGGAAACCCCUGUUGUUGACUAUGGCCAGUUGAAGGAGGUCAUUGAGGCAGAACUCCGUCAGAGCGGUUUGCAGGUGACUCCUUUCACCAUGACCAAAGUCAUCCAACUUUAUGAGACCAAAAACUCUCGGCACUCCUCCAUGCUGGUGGGUAAGACAGGCAGCGGUAAGAGUGUUACUUGGAGGACUCUGAAGAAUGCCCUCACUACCCUGCGCCAAAAGGGAGUGGAUGAGUUUCAGCUGGUCCAGGAGUAUCCUCUAAAUCCCAAGGCAAUGAGUCUGGGAGAGCUUUACGGAGAAAAUGACCUCUCUACUAAUGAGUGGAGUGAUGGAGUUCUGUCUUCCCUCAUGAGAGCAGCAUGCGCAGAUGAGAAACCAGAUGAGAAGUGGAUCGUGUUUGACGGUCCUGUUGACAUGCUGUGGAUAGAGAGCAUGAACUCAGUUAUGGAUGACAACAAGGUGCUCACACUCAUAAAUGGAGAGAGAAUCUCCAUGCCGGAGCAGGUGUCUGUUCUGUUCGAAGUUGAGAACCUUGCAGUGGCCUCUCCAGCUACAGUGAGUCGCUGUGGAAUGGUCUACAAUGAUUAUACCGAUCUGGGAUGGAGGCCUUUUGUUCAGUCUUGGCUGGACAAGCGACACAAAGCCGAAGUGGAGCAUUUGAAGGGUCUUUUUGAGAAAUACAUAGAGAGCACAAUGACCUUUAAGAGGAACAACUGUAAGGAGCUGAUCCCAAUCACUGAACUCAACGGCGUCAUCUCUCUCUGCCGCCUCUAUGACUCCCUGGCUACAUCCAGCAAUGGGGUGGAUACGUCAGACAAAGAAAACUUAGGUAAGAUGGUGGAACUCUGGUUCAUCUUCAGCCUCGUCUGGUCCAUCUGUGCAUCUGUUGAUGAAGAUGGACGCAAAAAGAUGGACAACUUCCUACGGGAGACAGAGGGCACCUUCCCUGGCAAGGACACGGUUUAUGAGUACUAUGUGGAUGAAAAAAAGAAAACCUGGGCUCCUUUUGAAGACAAACUUCCAAAAGGCUGGCGCUAUAAGGCUUCUGCUCCAUUCUAUAAGAUUAUGGUUCCAACAGUGGACACAGUUCGCUACAACUUGCUGGUCAAGGCUCUGGUGUUGAAUCAGUACCCAGUGCUCCUUACUGGGCCGGUGGGAACCGGCAAAACCUCAGUGGCACAGAGUGUCCUGCAGGACUUGGAUGAGAAAUGGACUUCACUCACUAUCAAUAUGUCCUCACAGACCAGCUCUAGUAACAUCCAGGCCAUCAUAGAGAGCCGAGUAGAGAAGAGAACCAAAGGAGUGUUUGUGCCGGCAGGUGGGAAGCGCCUGUUGUGCUUUGUGGAUGACUUCAACAUGCCAGCUCAUGACCUCUUUGGCUCUCAGCCACCGCUGGAGCUGCUACGCCUCUGGAUGGACUAUGGCUUCUGGUAUGACCGCCAGAACCAGAACCUAAAAUUGAUCAAGGACAUGUUCUUGCUGGCAUCCAUGGGGCCCCCUGGUGGAGGGAGGACUCACAUCUCCUCCCGCUUGCAGAGUGGAUUUAACCUCAUCAAUGUGACCUUUCCUAAUGAGUCCCAGAUGAAGUGCAUCUUUGGUACCAUGAUCAAACAAAAGCUGCAGAUGUUCGAGGAGGAGCUGAAGCCCAUUGGAGAGGUUCUGACUCAGGCCACUUUGGAACUGUAUGAUGCUGUCGCUGCUUGUUUUCUUCCCACUCCAACUAAGACACACUACCUCUUCAAUGUCAGGGAUAUCUCCAAGGUGUUUCAGGGCCUGCUCAGAGCUGACCCAGACUUCCAUUACACCACAAACAGUCUCACUAGACUGUGGAUUCAUGAGUGCUUUAGGGUCUUUUCAGAUCGACUUGUAAAUCGCAGUGACGUGGAUACCUUUGUUGCUUUGUUGGGGGAAAAACUGGGUUCAAUCUUUGACCUCACAUUCCACAGCAUCUGCCCUAAUAAGCAACCACCUAUAUUUGGUGAUUUCAUGAAUGAAUAUUCUGUCUAUGAGGACCUAAGGGACAUAAAGGGUCUCAAGAAGUUCAUGGAAACACAGCUGGAGGACUACAACCGCACACCUGGCGUGGUGCCCAUGAGCCUGGUGCUCUUCCGAGAUGCCAUCGAACACAUAACCCGUGUUAAACGGGUCAUCAGUCAGCUCAGGGGCAACAUGCUGCUGGUUGGUGUUGGGGGUUCAGGUCGACAGAGCCUGUGCAAGAUAGCCGCCUACAUCUGUGAGUACAAGGUGUUUCAGGUGGAAGUCACCAGGCAAUACCGCAAACAGGAGUUCAGAGAAGACAUCAAGAAGCUGUACCGUUUGACUGGAGUGGACAACAAGCCCACAGUGUUCCUUUUUAAUGACACCCAGAUCGUCGAAGAGUCCUUCCUAGAAGACAUCAGUAACAUCAUGUGCUCUGGAGAGGUGCCUAACCUCUAUAAGCAGGAUGAGUUUGUUGAGAUAUGCAAUGCUCUGUCAGAGUCGGCCAGGAAAGACGAGGUGGUGGAGACACCUGAGUCGUUGUUCAGCUACCUGACUGAGCGAGUCAGGAACAACCUGCACAUAGUUCUCUGUAUGAGCCCAGUGGGAGAAGCCUUCAGAAAGCGCAUCCUCCAGUACCCAGCGCUUGUCAACUGCACCACCAUUGACUGGUUCAGUGAAUGGCCCAAAGAUGCCCUGCUGGAGGUGGCUGAGAGGUAUUUGGAUAGACUCGACCUGGGCUCCUUAGAGGGGAUCCAGACAAAGGUUGCCAGUGUCUUUGUGACCACACACCAGUCAGUGGAACGAGCGUCCCAAAGGAUGAAGUCACAGCUGAAGAGACAUAAUUAUGUGACGCCCACCAACUACCUGGAGCUGGUGUCUGGAUACAAGAAGCUGUUGGUGGAGAAACGCACUGAGUUAGGGGAGCAGGUGAGCAAGUUACGAAACGGCCUUUUCAAAAUUAGUGACACUCGGGAGAAAGUGGAGGUUAUGUCCAUCGAGCUCGAGGAGGCCAAAAAGCAGGGGGCUGAGUUCCAGCAGCAGUGUGAGGAAUUCUUGUGGGUCGUUGUGGAUCAGAAGAUGGAGGCCAACAACCAGCAGAGGAUGGUGAGCGCUAAUAGUGAGAAAAUUAAGUCAGAAGAGUUAGUGUGUAAAACUAUGGCUGACAAUGCACAGAGAGAACUGGACGAGGCUCUGCCUGCCCUGGAAGAGGCCAUGAAGGCUUUGGAGUCUCUGAAUAAGAAGGACAUGACAGAGAUCAAGUCGUACGGCCAUCCUCCGGCGCUGGUGGAGACAGUGAUGCAGGCUGUUAUGAUUCUUCUGGGCAAAGAGCCCUCCUGGCCAGAGGCCAAAAGACAGCUGGGUGAGGCCAACUUCAUCAAAACCUUGGUUCAUUUUGACAAGGAUAAUAUAUCAGACAGUGUUUUGAGGAAGAUCAGCAACUACUGCAUACAACCAGAUUUCCAGCCUGAGAUCACUGGCAAAGUAUCACUUGCUGCCAAGUCCCUCUGCAUGUGGGUCAGAGCCAUGGAGGUGUAUGGCCGCCUAUACCGAUUGGUAGAGCCAAAGCGGGCCCGACUGAAUGCUGCCAUGGCCAAGCUAGAAUCGAAACAGGCUGCACAGGCUGAGGCCCAGAAUAAACUACAAGAGGUAGAGGAGAAAUUAGACCUACUGAAAAAGCAGCAUGGCGAGAAGCUGGCAAUGAAGGAGCGUUUGAGAAAGAAAUCAGAUGAGAUGGAGGUGAAACUGGACCGAGCUGAAAAACUGCUGAAUGAGCUUGCUGGAGAGAGAGUCCGCUGGGAGGAAAGAGUUGCAAGUCUUGACGCAAACAUGGGGUACCUGGUGGGAGACUGUUUGCUUGCAGCGUCUUUCCUCUCCUACAUGGGACCCUUCCUUUCCACCUAUAGAGAUGAACUGCUUUUCAUCUGGAUGAAGGAGCUUGUGGACUUGGAAAUCCCAUGUACCCCAGGAUUCAGUUUGACGGGUUUUCUGUCCAAAUCGACUGUAGUGAGAGAUUGGAAUAUUCAGGGUUUGCCCUCUGAUGCAUUCUCUGCUGAGAACGGAGUUAUAGUGACCCGUGGAAACCGAUGGCCACUGAUGGUGGACCCUCAAGGCCAAGCUGUGAAGUGGAUCAAGAAUAUGGAAAUGAAGAGGGGUCUGAAAUUGAUUGACUUUCAAAUGCCAGACUACCUGCGGGUUCUGGAAAUUGCCAUCCAGUUUGGAAAUCCUGUUUUGCUGCAGAAUGUCCUGGAGGACUUGGACCAUUCUCUCAACCCAAUUCUCAACAAGUCUCUGACACGAAUAGGUGGCAGGCUGCUGUUGAAGCUGGGCGAUAAGGAAGUGGAAUAUAAUCCAGAUUUUCGAUUCUACAUCACCACCAAGCUGUCAAACCCUCACUACCCACCAGAGAUUUCGUCUAAGACCACCAUAGUCAACUUUGCUGUCAAAGAACAGGGUCUGGAAGCCCAGCUACUGGCAAUUGUGGUGCGUAAAGAGCGUCCAGAGCUAGAAGAGCAGAAGGACUCUUUGGUUACCAGCAUUGCUUCUGGCAAAAGAAGCUUGCAGGACCUGGAGGAUGACAUCCUCAGACUGUUAAAUGAGGCAACUGGCUCGCUGCUGGACGAUGGGCAGCUGGCAAACACCCUGCAGACAUCAAAAGUGACAGCCAAUGAAGUGUCAGAGCUGCUGGAGAGCAGUGAACAGACCAAGCUCAAGAUCGAAUCUACAAGAGAGGCGUACCGCUCAUGUGCCCAGCGAGCCUCCAUUCUCUUCUUCAUUCUAAACGACAUGAGCAACAUUAACCCCAUGUACCAGUUCUCUCUGGAUUCCUACAUUAACCUCUUCAGCCGCAGUAUAGAAAACAGCAAGCGCAGCUACAAACUGGAACAAAGGAUUGCUAACCUAAAUGACUACCACACAUACGCAGUGUACAGGUACGCAUGUCGGGGUCUCUUUGAGGCUCACAAGCUGCUCUUCAGCUUCCAAAUGUGUGUCAAAAUCCUGGAGGUGGCUGGCACACUCAACAUGGAUGAGUACAACUUCUUCCUUAGAGGAGGACUUGUGCUUGAUAAACAGGGUCAGAUGGCUAACCCAUGCACCAGCUGGUUGGCAGAUUCAUGCUGGGACAACAUCACAGAGCUGAAUAAGUUGCCUAAAUUCCACGGCAUCGUGGAGUCCUUUGAAGAGCACUCUCAUCUCUGGAAACGUUGGUUCACCAGCUCAGAGCCAGAGAAUGCCUCACUGCCAGGUGAUUGGCAGAGGAACUGUGAUGAAUUCCAGAAGAUGCUGAUAGUGCGCUGUCUGCGUCAGGACCGUGUUUCUUUCUGUGUUACCUCCUUCAUUGUUCAACACCUGGAUGCUCGCUUUGUGGAGCCUCCUGUUCUUGACAUGAAGGCUGUUGUAGAGGAAUCUAGCAGCAGUACUCCUCUGAUCUUUGUCCUGUCUCCUGGAGAGGACCCUGCAGGUGCCCUGUUGCAACUGGCUGAGGCUACUGAUAUGAGCAAGCACUUCUUUGCUCUUUCUCUGGGCCAAGGACAGACCCCCAUUGCCGAGAGCAUAUUUAAAGAGGGUGUCAAAAAUGGUCAUUGGGUGUUCUUUGCCAACUGCCACCUCUCACUUUCAUGGAUGCCUGAGCUGGACAAGUUGAUUACUCAGCUACAGGUAGAGAAGCCCCAUACAAACUUCAGACUCUGGCUCAGCUCUUCGCCACACCCCGAAUUUCCCAUGAGCAUCCUGCAGGCUGGUAUCAAGAUGACCACUGAGCCACCAAAGGGAGUUAAAGCCAACAUGAUGCGUCUGUACCAGCUGGUGACUGAGGCUCAGUUCAACCGCUGCUCAAAACCCACAUUCUACAAGAAGCUCCUCUUCUCCCUCUGCUUUUUUCACAGCGUCCUGUUGGAAAGGAAGAAAUUUCUCCAGAUGGGCUGGAACAUUGUCUAUGACUUCAAUGAUUCUGACUUUGAGGUGAGCGAGAAUCUGCUCAGUCUGUAUCUCAGUGAAUAUGAGGAGAUUCCCUGGGAUGCACUGAAGUACCUCAUCGCUGGGGUCAACUAUGGCGGUCACAUCACAGAUGACUUUGACAGACGUCUUCUAACGGCAUACAUCAACGACUGCUUCUGUGACGCUGCCGUAAAUGAACCUUUCUUCAAGUUAUCAUGCUUAACCACCUAUUACAUCCCCCGUGAUGGUCCCCAGUCCUCAUACAUGGACUAUAUCAACAUGCUGCCACCUACCGAGCACCCUGAGGUGUUUGGCCAGCACACCAAUGCCGACAUCGCAAGUCAGAUCGCUGAGACCAGGACACUGUUCGACAACCUGCUCUCCCUGCAGCCCCAGGUCUCCAGCACCACCAGUGGGGGAGCCAGACCCAGUAGAGAAGAUAAGGUAUUAGAGAUGUUGACAGAUCUUCGUAAGAAGAUCCCAGCACUGAUCGACUGUGAAGACACCAGGUCAUUCCUCCAGGAAAACCCCACACCUCUGAAUGUGGUCCUGCUGCACGAGAUCCAGAGAUACAACUCUUUGCUGGGCACUGUCAUCUUGUCCCUGGUGGAGCUGGAGAAAGGCAUCAAAGGCUUAGUGGUGAUGUCACCCAGCAUGGAGGAGACCUUCAACUGCAUCUAUGAUGCUCGUGUACCGCCGCUGUGGAAGAAGGCAUACCCCUCACUGAAGCCCUUGGCAGCGUGGACCAGGGAUCUUUGCCAGCGAGUCGAUCAGUUUGCACGCUGGGCAGAGACGAUGCAGCCCCCCAACUUGUUCUGGCUGUCCGGCUUCACCUCUCCCAACGGCUUCCUCACCGCCGUGUUGCAGUCCUCUGCACGAAAACAGAACAUAUCGGUGGACAGGCUGUCCUGGGACUUCAUCGUGUCCACUGAGGAUGACAGACACAUCCUUCACCCUCCCAAGAUUGGAGUCUACAUCACUGGCCUGUACCUGGAGGGGGCUGGCUGGGACAGAGCAUUUGCAUGUCUGGUGGAAGCUCAGGACAUGCAAAUGCUCUGUCCCAUGCCCACCAUACACUUUCGGCCAGUGAAAGAGACAAAGAAGACGGCUGAGAGCUGAAAAAGAGGACAGAGGGAAGGCAGCGACUGAAGGAGAAGUGAAGCCAUUCAAACAAAUGAAUUCUAAUGAAGCUUUCGCUGACAAGACGUUUGGAGUCGCUCAGCAUUGUGAGAGAGAAGACUUCCCCACUGGAAAGGACUCAGCCCAAACUCCUGAAAGAAAGAAAGAGAGAAAAAGAAAAGAGAAAGAAAGAAGAGAAGGACCCUGGAGAAAGUGAGCCGGGAAGAAGAACGAUCCAGUAAUGAGAGAGGGGACCAGUGCGGGAGGGGCUGAGUUCAAGGUUGUAUUCAGACUUGAGGAUUGUCCCCCCUGAAAGACCAAACACAGACUUCCUCGGGGUUUAAGAGCCUCUUUAGCAGGCCCAGGUCUCCGUGUACACUGGUGGUCUCUGGAUGGGGAGGAGAUGGAGGGGAGGGGCGACAUGCUGGAUUCAAAUUCAAAUGGGUUUAUUCUGUGGGUUGGUUGUAACAAAUAUCAGACAGGAGGAGGGGGGUGUUUUAAGGAGAGAUGAACUAAAACGUGAAUGUGGUGUGGAACCGUGUCAGAUUAGAUAUAUUAACCCUCCUGUUCUCUUCAUUUACAGGCACCAAAAAAAAUCCAGAAGUUCAGCCAACAAAAUUCCCAAAAUUUAGAAAA